UAAGUGGUUCAGUCCAUCUUCGGGGUUCCUGGCUUCGUUGCCGUCUUCUUCAACAUCGUUUUGUCUCAGAACUUUUUAAUUUGAGCUGUUGAAAUUAGUCUGGUAAAAUUCAGAAAAUAGCCAACAACAGCGACAUGGCGGCCACCGCAGGUUCCCGGACACUGCGGAGGGAUGAUGCCAACUACAAGUUACAUUUCCGAAUGAUCAACGAGCAACAAGUGGAAGAUAUCUGCAUAGACUUCUUCUAUAAGCCACACACUAUCACACUGCUGACAGUCACUGUGCUCAGCUUGAUGUACUUUGCGUUUACCAGGGAUGAUGAACACUCAGACAACAACCUCCGUGUUGGUCUAUUGGUGGUUGUGUCCUUCUUCUUGGUCGUCAGUGUCCUGGCUUUUCCUAAUGGACCCUUCACCCGACCGCACCCUGCAAUAUGGAGAAUGGUGUUUGGCCUCAGUGUGCUCUACUUCUUGUUCCUCGUCUUUCUCAUUUUCCUGAACUGGGACCAAGUGAAGACUCUGAUGUACUGGCUCGACCCAAAUCUGCGCUAUGCCAAACGGGAAGCUGAUAUCAUGGAGUAUGCUGUAAACUGUACAGUGAUAACAUGGGAGCGCAUACUGAGCCACUUUGACAUCUUUGCGUUCGGCCACUUUGCCGGGUGGGCUAUGAAGGCUUUGCUGAUCCGCAGCUACGGCUUGUGUUGGACCAUCAGCAUCACCUGGGAACUCACUGAGCUGUUCUUCAUGCACCUUCUGCCAAACUUUGCGGAGUGCUGGUGGGAUCAGGUGAUACUGGACAUAUUGUUGUGCAAUGGAGGAGGAAUCUGGCUGGGUAUGACAGUAUGUCACUUCCUGGAGAUGAGGACCUACCGCUGGGCCAGCAUCAAAGAGAUCCACACCACCACGGGGAAGAUCAAGCGAGCUGUUCUCCAGUUCACCCCUGCCAGCUGGACUUUUGUGCGCUGGUUUGACCCAAAGUCCUCCUUCCAGCGAUUAGCAGGCAUCUAUCUCUUUAUGAUCCUAUGGCAGCUGACAGAGUUGAACACGUUCUUCCUCAAGCACAUCUUCAUCUUCCAAGCCUCUCACCCUCUCAGCUGGUGUCGUAUCCUCCUUGUUGGAGUCAUCACUGCACCCACCGUACGACAAUAUUAUGCAUACCUGACAGACACCCAGUGUAAACGAGUUGGCACACAGUGUUGGGUGUUUGGAGCUAUUGCUUUCCUGGAGGCUCUUGCUUGUGUGAAAUUUGGCCAUGACUUGUUUUCCAAGACACAAAUUCGCUACGUACUCCUGUGGCUGCUCUGUCUGGCACUCAUCACACUUCUGUGUUUAUAUGGGAUGAUGUGGUAUGAGCAAAAUAAAAUGAAGAACUCUUCUUUGCAAAGUGAGGACUGUACUGACAGCAGUGUUGUUGACUCAUGUGGUUUCAUCCCAGAUGGUCUUGCAGCUCCAAGGGAUUCCUUAAGAAGUUUACAACCUACAAAACGGAGGAAAACCUCUGGGAGGAGCAGAUUUGUGAAUGGCCAUGGAGGAAAGAGACAAUAAGCAGCACUAACGCUGAGUAUUCACAUCCUCCAUGUAGGAGAUUCAGCAAGAGGAAUACAGUAUGCAGCUGAAUUUACUGAAUACUUAAAGAUGGAUCAUUGGUUUAAUGAAUCCCAGAAUGCGAAAAGCCAAAGAAAAUAAGCCAAAGUCACAUCUAAAGGGCUUGAUAUAGUAUUCAGAGUUCCACCAGGUGUGGAAGUCAGAUGCAAAACACAACAAUGAGCUAAAAGCUUUAUAGAUCUACAGACUGGGCUCCUGACUCUCCGUAGAAAUGAUUUUUUGUUUUUAAUACGAUACAUUUUUGUAAAUAGACUUAAAUUAAGUAAUAUGCACUGAAUUUUGAAAGAGGAAAGAGCCUUAGUUGCACUGUAAAAAAUAGUAUGUUAGCUUUAGCAUCUCUGUUUUAGUCUAUUUAACAGAAGAGUGAAUGUUGUUAGAAUUCUUUCCACUGAGACAAGCCAUUAUUUGUGGUAUACAAACCAGCCCAAACCCACUGCCCUGAGACCAUACAGCAGAUGCUACAAGCACCUUUUGCACUUAACUUUACUGGCUGUUAUGUUUUUGAAUAGCAGUAUGUAUUGAGUUAUGUUAAAGAACAUCCCCACAGCAUUUUUAAUGUGGGAGUUCGAAACUUAGCAUUUUCUUGGGAAAUCGUUAAGACACGUGGCCACAUGUGACAAAAUCAAAAUUUUGGAUUUCACAUUUGUCAUUUCUUAAUUGAGAGACAAAUAAUCCUCUAAAAACAAAACAAAUCACAAAAAUAUGAGCAUCAGUAAUUUGCAAUGCUAAAUACCAGAUUUAUACUGGAAUUUAUACACAUAUUACUGAAAAUGAAGUUGUUCUGAAUUCAACAUUGCAAAGCAUUUUAUAAAACUCCUUGUAGUUUUUAAAAUAGAGCCAUUUCUGUGGUAUGCUAUAUUUAGGGGUUAGUUACAUGGGGUUAUUCAUUUUAUGAUUUUCCAGAAAAACACUCUGACCCUUCUGAUGGCCACAUGUUCAAGAAAAUGUAUGAAGUUAAUGACCAGAGACUCAUUAACUUAAAUUACUUUUGUGGAAACUGACAUUAACCUUAACCAUGACUACUGCUUGCCCUAACCCAACUUUACUCAUACGUGAAAGUGUGUCUUCACCUAAAAAUGUAAUGAUUUAUGCUUGCUUUUCAUCCCCAUGAGGAAGACACCUCUGGAUAUAGUGACUGUAUUAAUAGAUUUAGAUCCCACCAGCAUGAGCAACACGUGGACCAAACAGAAAGAGAGCAAUGAAGUCCAAAGCCAAAAUAACUGUUCACAACUAUCUGUGGUUUAAAAUUGUGGGACAAGGAUAUUUUUGUUCACAUAUCUGGCUUGGUGCAGUUAGUAGCUGUCAGUCUUCCUGGCAGACACGGGGUAAGAGGUGCAGCAAGGGAAAUAUGACUAAAUUUUCAUAAAGAUUAAUUGUUUAGGUGGUGAUUGAAUUGGUAACAUAAGUUGGCACCACAAACCAUCUAUAGUUGACACUGAAAGCGUAGACACUUUUAUUAAGACUCAAGGUUGUGAGACUAGUGACAGUGCAGAGGAUAGUGGAGAUGAGGAUAUUUGUGGAAGGCUGGUCGUCAUCUAGAUUUUGAAGCAGAUGUGAUCUUCUAAAAAAAACGGACAAAAGGACCAAAUCAUUGAAGCUGAGAAUGCGGAAGAAGAACAGACACCACAAGUGGCUUGUAUGAGUGCCAAUGCUGAAAAUGCACUGAAUGAGGAGAAUCUACUCAAGGAUACAACUGUAAAUGCUGAAAAAGACAUUGAAUGAAAAAAAUGGUACAAAAGAGAGAGAAGGAAAAAUUUGCAUAGAAAUUUGCAUAGAAUGGAGCGAUGGGAACAGUGAUGAAGACUUAGUGGGAACUAUGUUUAUGGUUUGAAGAGUUCUUAGACAGCAAGCUGAUUGUUGAGUUUCACCAGAGAAACCGAUUUGCAUUUACGAGGGGAAGCACAACCACAAUGUUUGUACAAAUGAGAGCUUUCUUGGCAGUGCUGCUGAUAAAUGGCUACAGCACACUACCGUGGCAUUGCAUGAUGAGUGAAGAUGAUGAUGAUGUCUAAAUCAUGUUGUGCCUCAACCACGAUAGAUAACAACAGUUUUCCCCUGGUGACCAACUUGGCAAGAUAAGGUCCCUGGUAAAUAAUAGAGGAUCAGAUUUUGCCAAAGGUUUCCAGACAGAACAGCAUGUCUGCGUAGGUGAGGCAAUGAUUACCUACUAUGGCAAACAUUUCACCAAGCAUUUCAUCAAGGGAAAAUCAAUACGGUUUGGAUACAAGAUACGGUGCCUGGCACAACCCAGGAUACCUUAUCCAUUGCCAACCGUACACUGGGAGGUGUGCCAGAGUGCUGGAUGUCAGGCUUGAUGACUCUAUGGUUAUGGAGCUUUUAGAUUCAUUGCCACAGGAUGUAAGACUUCAGGCCACUUUGGAUGAGUUCUUCGCAUCCCUCCCAUUGUUUCAGGCCCUCGGUGAGAAGGGAAUCUGUACCACAUCACCCUGAGGGCCAACCAUGUGAGGGACUUGAAGACCCAACCAGCCCAGGCAAAGCUGUGUUUACUACUACUCCCCUCCUUCUAGGUAGAUGUCACAAUAGACUAUGAUGCCCAUCAAGAAGGUUGUUCACUAUUUCAAGCACAUUGAGAGAAGAAGGAUGCCGCUCAAAUCCAGAGUUGUUUUUUUUACAACAGAAACAUGGGAGUUGUUGACAGAAAGGAGCAAAGCAUAAGCUACUACUUCAUCAUCGAGAUUCAUUCCAAGAAGAUUUCCAUUUCAAGGAGAUUCCUAUUUCUCAGGUUCAUGCAGAAUCCGUGGCUUCUCUUAACCAAAAGUCCUGCAGGAGCAUAGAGAGGCCAAUAGACCUCUUCGCCUUCACAAGAUGUGAUGAGGGUAUACUGGAUGUCGUACUCCAGAUGACAACCUUUAUGCAAAAUGCGAGGAGGGCAGAAACAAUUUGCUAUGACGAGCAAGGCCACUAUUAAGGUUCAAAGACUGUCGUUGUGGAAGAAGGUAAUAGAUGUUUGUUAAAUGCCAUUUCCUCCCCAUCACAUCCACUGUUUUAAAGCAUUCCAUGAGAAGUGACAGAAAGCAACAUGAAGCCAAUGAAGUGAAUAAUUAAAGCACCUUAUCACAUACCAAUUAGUGCUGGUGUUCAUACUUAGUGAACAAUAUCAUGCAAUGAUGAACAUAAUCUUUUUUGACCACUUAAGAACAACUAAACCUUUAUUAGAGAUGUGCUGUGUUUUACACCAUGAAGAAAAUCAAGAUAGCCUUCAAAUUACAGAUUAGGAGCUGCCACCAACCAAAGAAGCAGUGCUAUGGAGGAUAAAUUGCUACGCAGUUUUGUAGUUAAAAUUUUGAAUUCAAAUUUGCAUGAAUUUCUGUGAGUGAAACACUUCUAAGCUUUGAAAAGUUUUUGCCUGUUGAGUAUUGUAAAAUGCAGUUUAAUAUUAGCUGCCUUUUGUACAGAUUUUAAAAUGUGUAAAUAAUAAUAAUAAACUGAAAUGUUGGUGUUACUAGUAGGCAUUUUAUUCAGUUUGCAUACUGUCAAUACUAGACCAAGACUGUGUGUAUCAAAAUUUUCAAUAUCUGAAAUUCCUAAUGUGUUGUUCUUGCUGUUUUUGUGAAAAAAUAAAAUACAAAAUUCUACCCACUCCAUGUCACUGUCAUAAAAGGAUAAUAAGAAGGACUUAAUUUGACCCAAUUCAAAAAUGUCUGUCGAUUUUUAUUUAGUGCUUUAUGUGUUGUGAAAUGAAUUAUUGAACUCAACUGUGGCCAUUCAAUCUUUAAAGCUUUACGAGAAAAACUAAAACUAUUACUACUACUACUAUGUCAGUCAUUUGAGUGGAUAAUGGUCGCCUGGUAAUUUUGUUGAUUUAAUUUAUUUGUGCUUAUAUUUGCCAAAGCUCACCACAUUUACAAUUGUCUACAAAACAAUAAAGUUGUUGUGUAAGUGA